AUGACCGGUCGGAGUUUAGGCGGUCCAGCCGAUGGCAUUCCGCCCCAAGCCGAAUGUUUCCGACAGCGCGUUACGUCUCUAGGAGCUUUGGAACCCAUGUUCUCUCUUAGGAGACUUCUAGCUGUCUCUCUGGGUCUGGCCGGUCUCGUAAAUGCAAAAUCCAGCACUGGUAAUGCAGUCCUGGUCGUGGUAGAACCCACACGCCAAGGCGAUUUCUCCAUAUUCUUUGACGGAUUGAAAAAUCAAGGUUAUGACUUGACCUUCCGUGCGCCCAAGGACGAAGCACCGGCCAUUAUUCAGUAUGACGAGGCAUCAUUUGCUCACGUCGUUAUCCUCGCUUCAGAGACCAAAAACUUUGCAAAGGAUAUCACUCCACAAUCCCUCAUUUCACUCCUUGACCUCAAAACCAACCUAAUUGUUGCUCUCUCAACGAAGCAAACCCCAUUAAGUUCCCUGGCGCCUGAAUUCUCCUUGGUACUCCCUCCCCCCGGCACACCGCUCAUCUCUUACUUCCCAAAACGCGAUGAGCCAGCCUCACUUAUCCCAAUUACACCUUCCAAGUACGACGCGACGAACAUCCUGAGCAAAAACUUGGCUCCGAUCUGGUUCUCAGGCGUUCCCCAAUCACUCGGUAACAACCCUCUCCUCGUCCCCAUUCUGCAUGCACCACCCCAGAGCUUUGCGUCUGAGGUAGACGGCGGCUCUGCAGACGCACUUGUUGAUUCUGCGGAAAAGGGAGGCGAAGGCCUGUGGGCCGGAAGCCAACUCGGCGUGGUGACAGGUUUCCAAACUCUUACUGGUGCCAGGAUCACCUGGUUGGGCGGCGCAGAUGUGUUCAGCGAUGAAUAUGCUCGCAAGGAAGUGUCAAAGGGCGUUCCUUCCGGAAAUACUCAGUUCGCGCGUGACGUAGUAGCCUGGACUUUCCAGGAAUCGCUUGUAUUGCGUGUCGACAAAGUUGAGCAUCACCGCCAGAACGAAACAGAAGCGAAGGAGCUCUACACUACCAACGAUCAACUAGUGUACAGCAUUUACAUUUCCAAGUUUAACGCGAAGAAGGAUACCUGGGAGCCAUACUCAGGCAUCAAGGACCUCCAGCUUGAAUUCACGAUGCUCGACCCACAUGUCCGCACCAGCCUUCCUCCCGUCCCAGGUACACCAGGAAAAUACUCCACCUCAUUCCGAGCCCCAGACAGGCACGGUGUGUUCAAAUUCGUCGUUGACUACAAACGCAAGGGAUGGAGUCACCUGCACAGCUCGACGACCGUGCCUGUGGUGCCCCCGCGCCACGACGGAUACCCCCGCUUCUUGUCGGCGGCGUGGCCAUACUAUGCAGGUGCAAUUAGCACCAGCGUCGCGUUCUUCCUCUUCUCUGCCAUCUGGCUGGCGGGAGAGGUCAAGGAGGGCGCGAAACGCUCUGUGAAAUCUGGUAAGACCGAGUGA